GCAGCACAGCAAAAAUAGACUCGGUACGUAAACGAUCGCUGCACUGCUGCAGACGCACCGCUCCUGGAACGCAAUGACGGACCGCAACCGCGUGCAGUGUGAACGCUCUAAUCCGUUAACAUGGGUGCAUAAAAAAAUACGCAACGCAUACGCACUGCAGACGGAUUAUGUGUGAAACAGGCGUAACGACAGAGGGAAACGACGCAUAGCAACGACAUGGAAGACGACACAUAGUCAUGACACAUGCAGCAUUGACACGCAAGACGACAAAGCCAAACGACAAGGACCGAUGACAGGAGUAAGCGGAGACGACACAUAGCAUAGACGGACAGCAUGUCGACAUAAUUUUGGCACAAAUGGAACCUCAUAGUAAUAUAUUUUGAUGCAUAAUUUUAGAUAACCUUGUUGUGUGGCUUAGCAAAUCAUGCUGUUAUAAUAAUAACAGGCUUCCCAUGAUCUUAUGUUAAGUGUUAUAGACAAUGGAUGGAUGAGAAAUAAUAGUGAUUGAGCACAAUAUAGAGAAUAAUUUACAUUUAGCUUCUGACAAGUACAAUAUGUGGCAUUUAUCAUUUAAUAUGAAACACUGCUCAAACCUUCUGCUCAAACCUGCUGCAGCUAAUUCUGAUACUUCAAAGAAAUUGACCACAACCAUAUCCUGUGCAAGAGCAGAACAACAACAUACAUGUAGCUGAAUUUACUAGCACCUGUACUUCAGAUGACUUUUUCGUGGAUCUAAAUCAAACUGAUUGCAGAAUCUAAAAUCUCUUAAUAUACAGUAACAUUACACUUACAAAGAUGCUUAAAAAUUUAAAAAAAAAAUUUAAGAAAAAAACCCCAGCCAAGAAUAAAGGUGAAGAUGUUCCACUUAAGGAUGGUGAGCAAAAGACUCAGCACGCAGAGACCUCCGAUGCAGGAGAAGAGGAAAGCACAGCCGACUUAAGGAUUGCAUCUGAUUCAGUGGAUGAAGAAGUGAAUGGCGAGAAAGCGCUUGAAAUUCUCAGAAAGAUUCUGAGUGAACAUUCAAACCCCGAGGACCUUGACAAAGCAGCUGAGGUGUUGAAAAGAUGGAGCAAACUGAAUGAUGUUACCAUAGACAAGAAAGAAGGCAUUUUCCCUCAAAACUGGCUCUGUGAGUAUCUUCAAGAAAUAGAUCAGUUUGUGGAAAACCUUAUUCCCACACUACCAGUAGAGGGAGCACAUGGAUCUCAAUUAGAGCAGUUACAGGACUUUCUUAAGAACACGCAGAGCAAGAUAUGCUAUGAGGUGAUUCGAUUAACACCGGUACUGGAAGAUGCUGGGCUGCUAGUUCAUCUGACUGACAGUUACAGCCGUCACCUCUUUACCAAGUUGGACCUGCUGCUAAACAGAGAUCUGUCUGUGAAGGAGACGUUCUGCCUUUUAAUGUGGGGAAAAGAUGUUUUCUUCAGCUCAAAACUGACAGUGUACGACCCGCUGCGCUUGACAGGAUGGAUUGAGAAAGCAAAGCAGAAACUACUUACACAACUUCAGAAUGACAUCUCUAGGACUUUAGAGAACAUCCUGCACUAUGAUGAGCAACAGGGACAUAAUGAGGACUCAAUGAAUGAAGAAACGUUCAUAAGAGUUCACAUGGAUGUCACUCAGUGCCUGAAUCAUGCUAUUGUAGAUGCUAAAAAGGGUGGUCCGACCUUGAUGCAUGCAGUACAAAUACUCUGUAGUGAAGAACUGUGUGGUUUUGCUCAGAAGUAUGUGGAUACUGAGAAUAAACGUCUAAAAAAACUAAAGUUCACUGAGAAGAACUUUGUGUAUCUGUUUCGGAUCAUCAACACUUGUAUGCAGCUCAGAUGUUGUGCUACACAAAUCAGUCCAGAUAAAAACAACAGCGAUGACGUCAAAAGCACCAUAAGCAUGCUACAGAAACUGGAAGAUAAUGCUUUAUCCAUUGUACAAAAGAUCAUGAAAAGCUUAGCACAGGACAAUUUAGGAAGUUAUUUCAAGAAAAACAAUGUGGAUAUUGAUAUCCUGAUGAAGGCAAUCCACGAGCAUUGUUCAUCUCUGCCCGAGACCGCCUUAGAGAUCAAAAAGAUCUUUGUGAAAAUGGCUUACGACUGUGUUUCCAAAGUGUACCUGGAAUGCCUGUUGAAGACAAAGUUCAGAAAGCUAGAGAAGCUUUGGGGAAAUGCUGAGGAAAAGAUAAAAGAGGAUGUUCAACGUUUUCACGAAACAUUCUCUGAACUGAAUGGCAGUGUUGCCCAGCAAAACCAGCUCCUUCAGAGAAUGAGUGAAGUUUUGCUUCACAGUGAUGUAGAUGCACUGAAGAUUACCUGUGGUGUAUUGUUUAGAGAUUUCCCACAUGAGAGUGAGCAGUAUGUACCUGAUCUGCUGCGCUGGAAGGGGGUGUUAUCAGAGCGACAGGUGAAGGAAGUACUGGAUGCGAUCCCGGACCGGUCUCUAAAUCAUAGACCUGUCACCUGUUCUUUGGGCCUUUGUUGUUUUUGUUGUAAAUAGCUUGCUUCAAAAUAAGUGCUUCUGAAAGAGCUAUACAGAGAGCUACUUCAGUGACUUUAUCUUCCAUGUCUGUCUUAAAUAAUAAAAAAAAAUUUAAAAUUAAAA